AUGGAACCAGAGCCAACCACUGCCGCUCUCCUUGAGGCUAUCCUCAACCUCACCAACCAAGUUGGGUCCUUGCAGGCCCAAAUAUCAUCCCAAGGCCAACAGCUUGCAGAGCUCAAAGCCAUAUGCAAGGAAACCAACAACCUUGUUGGUGACAAAGACCAGGGCGGAGCCCAAACCAAGCCUGGCCCAUCAACUGGGCCUGUCACCCCUCCUACCCACUCAGGGGGGGAAGCUCACACUCCAGGCACGGUUAGGCCUGGGCUCAAAGCCCCAUUCCGCCCCUCAAGAGGAACAGGUUUUGACUCAGAGGACAAAGAACCAAGGCUCCCCAAAAAGGAGCCUCAAGGAACGCCUAGAAGGCACUUGGGAUCUCUCACCCCCUUUGAUGCAGGGUCCAGCAUAAAACAACCCAAGAUGGAUCUCCCCAACCCCUAUAAGGGUGACACCAGGGGACAAAAAGCCACUCAGUGGCUUGAUUGGAUGAUGCUAUGGGUAGCUCUCCAUUGCAAUCAGUUUGACAAGGAAGAGCAGAUGGUUGUGUGGAUUUUAUACCACAUGACAGACAAAGCCGCCAACUGGGCCCUCCCCAUCAUCGGGAAUAUCAUCAAGGGCAAGGGUAACCCUCCUACCACCAUCCAGGCCCUAACGGCCAAAUUCAAGGAGGCCUUUGCUGACCCCAACGCCAAACGGGCCGCUGCCAGAAAAAUUGCGGCUCUUUCCCAAUCCACCACCACCUCCAAGUACGUCACAGAGUUCCGCAAUCUCAUGGCGGAGCUAGACUGGAACAAGGAGGCCUAUAUCGCGCAGUUCACGCGGGGCCUCCACUGGAAGGUCAAGGAACUGCUGUCUACCAAAGAUAGCAUCCCUGACAAUCUUGAAGCCAUCUUUGCGGCGGCAAUUAAAAUUGACAACAUCCGCCGCAAAAAUGAGGAAAACCAGCCAAAGAAGGUUCCUGCCAAGUCCCUGGCCACCACAGCCACCACUUCCACUACCACCACUAGGGUCCGCUUAUCAGAAGACCCAAACUAUGUCACUCCGGAAGAACAGGACCGCCGCCGCGCGUCUGGCCUUUGUGUCAAGUGCGGCCAAAAGGGGCACAGCAUCAAACAAUGCCCCAAUGGCUGGAAAGCCACAAUUAAGGAGGUAGCCAAGGUGGCUGAAGAUGUUGAGACUGCUGCCAAGCCCCCGACUCAGAAAACAGACAAUAUAGUAGAUAGCGUUGAAUUUGUAAAUCUUGGUCUAGACUCAAAUAAAAAACCGCUUCUUUUUAUCAAUCUAUAUAUCCAAAAUAUCCCGGCAGAACCCCUUAGAACCCUCAUUGACUCAGGAGCCACAUCAAACUUCAUCUCCCCCUUGAUUGUGGAAAAAUACAAAAUCCCAAAAACCCAACUCAAAAACCCACAAGUUGUGAGAAUGUUAGAUGGUACUAUAUCCCAGACUGGUUGCAUUUGGCACCAGGUUCACCUCACGGUAUUGGCCAAUGGCCACCCCCACUCCAUUCCCUUUCUUAUCUGCCCCAUUGGCAACACCCCAGCAAUCCUUGGCAUGACUUGGUUAACAACAGAAGCCCCCCUUAUCAACUGGCAACAGGGACUGAUCACCUUCCCUGAACAAGCACAGAUUGCCUCUGAGGAAGAAGCAGACCUAGAUCCUUUGGCAGACCUUCCUCCUCAGUACCAUGAAUUUGCUAAAGUCUUUGGCAAGGAAGAAUUUAAGGUCCUCCCUCCACAUAGGGAGUAUGAUAUAUCCAUAGACCUUGUCCAGGAUGCCAAACUAUCCCCAGGACCCUUAUAUGGCAUGACUGAUGCUGAAUCCAAGGCGCUCAAGCAGCACAUUGACAAAGAAUUAGCAACGGGCAAGAUCCGCCCCAGCACUUCUUCCACUGGCACCCCAGUCAUGUUUGUUAAGAAAGCAGACGGUUCCCUUAGGCUGGUUGUGGAUUACCGGAAACUCAAUGACGUAACCCACAAAAAUGUAUAUCCACUCCCAAGACAGGACAACCUCAUGGCAAAGCUGAGACAUGCUAAAAUAUUCACAAAGCUUGAUCUACGCUGGGGUUAUAACAACGUCCAGAUUAAGGAAGGAGACAAAUGGAAGACGGCUUUUAGAACAAAGUACGGGCUAUUUGAAUACCUGGUGAUGCCCUUUGGCCUUACCAAUGCCCCCGCCGCCUUCCAACACUUCAUGAACAACCUGUUUAGGGACCUCAUUGACGUCACUGUGGUUAUCUACUUGGACAACAUCCUGAUCUUCUCAGAGGACCCUAAGGACCACCCAACCCAUGUCAGGGAAGUCCUAUCACGGUUAAUGAGGAAUCAGUUGUUCUGUAAACUCUCCAAGUGCCACUUCCAUGUCACCACGGUGGAUUACUUGGGUAUUGUCAUUUCCCCAGCAGGCUUUUCCAUGGAUCAGAAGAAGAUUGAGGCGGUCACGUCAUGGCCAACCCCCAAAACAGUCAAGCAGGUCCAAGCCUUCCUAGGAUUUGUCAACUACCUCCGCCAAUUCAUCCCCAACUUCAGUUCAGUAGCACGUCCCCUGCACAACCUUACCAGAAAGGAAACCCCCUGGUCAUGGGGCAACCUAGAGGAAGCAGCAUUUCAGGAAUUGAAGACUCUUGUCACCAAGUUGCUGGUUCUCAUCCAUUCCAACCCAGGGCUCCCCUAUUACCUUGAGACAGACGCCUCAGGGGUUGCCAUGGGAGCCAUCCUUAGUCAGCGGGGCCCAGAUAACCAACUACACCCAAUUGCGUAUAUGUCCAAAUCGUUCUCAGGGGCAGAAGGAAACUACAACACUCACAACAAGGAACUCCUGGCCAUCAUCAAGGCCUUGGAGGAAUGGCGUAUUUUCCUUGAAGCUACGGACAAGCCGGUUCAGGUAUUUACAGACCACUGCAACCUUGAGUACUGGAUGCAGGCAAGGACAUUCAAUCAACGGCAUGCUAGAUGGUGUGUAUUCCUGAGCGAUUUCAAUUUCGAAAUACAUUAUUGCCCAGGGAAGCAAUCAGGGAAGCUGGAUGCCUUGUCCAGACAAUUGGACUAUGUUGACAACCCCCAAGAACCAGAAGUCAUGCUACCACCAGAGGUUUUUGCAAAUACAGCGGAAGAGGAACUAGAAAUUGUAACGGAUAUUUGCGCCAAGCUCAAUGUCCUAGACGUCCUUAGGGGUUGUCUAGGUAGCGGGCGCUUGUGGCUGUAUAGAACUAAGUGA